GAUAAAAGGACUGAGGAAACUCCUUUCACCUUACAGUUUUCAUAUCUAUUAUAAGUCGCGUUCACGAAAAUAUAAACAUCCAGAAAUAUCAUAAGAAUACUUACCUCCAUGUCAAGAAAUGAUCCAACAGAUAAACCAUUAUCUUCUGAAGAAUCUAUAUCACUAUCGUCGUCGUCGACUGAUUCAGAAUCAAGCAGUAGUAUAUUCUACAUUACCAUCUUCAUGCGCUAGUCCUACAGUCAAUAGCGGCAAUAAAUCGCCACCAUCACUGUCGCCCAUCAAUCCAGUACCAAGCACUAGUUCUACAAUCAAUAGCGACGAUAGAUCGGAUUCCACAGUCAAUAACGACAAUAUACUGGCACCGCCGCUCUCGCCUAUCAAUUCAGCACAAAAUACUAAUGUAUAAGAUGUCGAAAACUCCCCUGUCCUUGCGUCAUGGUUUUUUGAGG